UCACUAGUCAGUCUCACACCGUCAAACACUCGGCUCAAAUAUAUAGAUACACACAAGCACAAAAAAAUAAAAUGAAGAGAGGGAGAAGAGAGAGAGCGAAGAAUCAAGUGAAGUAUAUAUAAAAUGAAGGAAUGAAGAAGAAGAAGAAGCUAUAUAUAUACAUAUUUAUUUAUGAGGGCCAACAGCUCAAGACAAAAGUGCCGUACAAUUGUGCUUAACAACUCUUCAUCCAUUCCUCAUUCCCUUGUGAUCAGGUGCGGCUCUCUCUCUCUCCAGCGGCAUUCGCAUUGCUUGGUUUUCCUUAUGAGAAGAUUAUCAUCAUUCUUUUUAAAGAGCCAUCACUUCCCUUACAAAACCCUCUCUCUCCCACCGCGGCGGCCCCACAUGUCCUCCCGCCCCCGCAAAAUCGUGGUAGUGAUGGGCCCCACGGGGUGCGGCAAGACUAAACUCUCUAUCGACCUCAUCUCCCGAUUCUUCCCCUCCUCUGAAAUCAUCAACUCCGACAAAAUCCAAGUCUACCGCGGCCUCGACAUCACCACCAACAAAAUCCCCCUCCCCGACCGCCGAAACGUCCGCCACCACCUCCUCGGGGACUUCGACCCCUCCGAUUCCCACCCCGAGUUCACCCCAUCCGACUUCCGCUCUGCCGCCUCCCAAGCCGUGUCUCAGAUCCUCGCCCGCCGCAGGAUACCCUUCAUCGUCGGCGGCUCCAACUCGCUAAUCUACGCAUUGCUGGCCAACAAGUUCAACCCGGAUUGCGACGUAUUUACCCAGGCGGACUCCGCCUUCUGCAAGGAGCAGAGGUACGAGUGCUGCUUUAUCUACGUGGACGUGGCGCUGCCGGUGCUCAACCAGUACCUAAUAAAACGCGUGGACGACAUGCUGGAGUCGGGCAUGUUCGAGGAGCUGGCGGCGUAUUUCGCGAGCCCGGAGUCGGAAUCGGUGAGGGAGAGCGGGUUGAGGAAGGCGAUUGGGGUGCCGGAGUUCGAGGGGUACUUCCGGCGGUUCAAGGGGGAGGGGUGGCGGAGCGGGGACGAUGACGUGGAGAAGAAGGAGGUGUACGAGGAGGCCGUGGGGGCCAUCAAGGAUAACACGUGUCAGCUCGCCAAGAGGCAGGUCGAAAAGAUCCUGCGCCUCAGGGACUCCGCCGGAUGGGACCUCAAGAGGGUCGAGACUACGCCGGCGCUCAGGGCCGCCGUCGACGGGGCCGGCGGGAGGAGGGUGGCCGAGAUUUGGGAGAGGCAGGUGGUGGAGCCAAGCGUGAAGAUUGUGAAGCACUUCUUGAUGGAGUAGGUUUUCCAGCUAUUUCCAGCUCCUGUUUGUCCUCAAAAUUGAACAUUCCCCCUCCAACUCUCUUUCUCUCUCUCUCUACCCGUUUCUCUCUCCUGUUUGUUAAGAGUAUUUUUUUUUUUCAUUCAAAGUUUUCUUGUUGUAAAAGUUUUGCAACUGUGGGGGUUGGGGGGUGGAAGGGAGGGGGGCGACCAAUUUUGGGGUUAAGGCUGAUCGAGUCUCUAGAGAUGAAAAUCUGGGCAGUGAGAGGUGGUACAUUCUGCUAACUUAUGAAUACAAACAAAAACUAGUCAAGAAAAAAUUGUAUGUUUCUCCUUGUUUUUAUUCUAUUUUUACCCAUUUUUGUUCGUACCAAUAAUUUCCAGCAUUUUCUGAAAUCUAGCAAAUAGCUAGACUGGGAGUUUGAAUCCUAGGUUUCAUGUGAUCGCAGACCAACAAAAAUUUAUUUUCCUUUCUCUCCUUC